GCCUUUUAUCGGGCGGGCGGCGAGGCGGGGAGUUUAUUGGAGCCGGAGCCGCGGUGCUGCCGGGGUGGGCAGCGAGCUCGGCGGAGGGCGGGGGGCCCGGCGCGGCCCGGGACGAUGCUGCGGCUGGUGUCGCUGAAGUUGGGGCGGCUGUACCGCUACGUGAAGCUGGCGGUGCUGGGCAGCCUGGCGGCGGCGCUGGUGCUGAACACGCACUCGCUGCUGGCCUCGCUGCAGCGCAACGAGCUGUCGGAGCGGCGCUUCCUGCAGCUCAAUAAGUGCCCGGCCUGCUGGGGCACCAGCUGGUGCCGCAAGUUCCUCAACGGGCAGCUGCGGCUGGAGAGCUGGGGCCGCCUGCGCCUGCUGGACUUCUUCAACGUGAAGAACGUGUACUUCGCGCGGUACGGGGAGCCCCGCGAGGGCUCCCGCCGCGUCGUGCUCAAGCGCCUGGGCUCGGCGCAGGAGCUCGCCGACAUCGACACCAAGAUCUGCCGCCGCGCCACCGGCAGGGGCCGCUGCGACCUGCUGCAGGCGCUGCCCGCCACCGAGUUCGCCAGCCUGAACGGCGACGUGCGGCUGCUCACCCCCGGCGCCGUGGAGGGCUGGUCCGACCUGGUGCACUGCCCCUCGCAGCGCCUGCUCGACCGCCUGGUGCGCCGCUACGCCGAGACCAAGGACUCGGGCAGCUUCCUGCUGCGCAACCUGAAAGACUCGGAGCGCAUGCAGCUCCUCAUCACCCUCGCCUUCAACCCCGAGCCGCUGGUGCUGCAGAGUUUUCCAUCUGAUGAGGGCUGGCCAUUUGCAAAGUACUUGGGAGCAUGUGGAAGAAUGGUGGCUGUCAACUACGUGGGAGAAGAGCUGUGGAGUUACUUCAAUGCACCAUGGGAGAAACGAGUGGAUCUGGCCUGGCAAUUAAUGGAAAUAGCUGAGCAGCUGACAAAUAAUGACUUUGAAUUUGCACUCUACCUCCUUGAUGUCAGCUUCGACAACUUUGCAGUGGGACCAAGAGAUGGGAAAGUUAUCAUUGUAGAUGCAGAAAACGUUCUGGUAGCAGACAAAAGGUUGAUCAGACAAAAUAAACCUGAGAACUGGGACGUGUGGUACGAAAGCAAGUUUGAUGACUGUGAUAAAGAAGCUUGUCUGUCCUUCUCUAAAGAGAUUCUUUGUGCUCGUGUCACCGUGGACCACAACUAUUACGCCAUUUGUCAGAACCUUUUGUCCAGACACGCCACGUGGCGGGGCACCUCGGGGGGGCUCCUGCACGACCCCCCAGCUGAGAUUGCCAAAGAUGGGCGCCUGGAGGCCCUGCUGGAUGAGUGUGCCAACCCAAAGAAGAGAUACGGUCGAUUCCAAGCCGCCAAGGAGCUCCGGGAGUACCUUGCACAACUCAGUAACAACGUGAGGUAGUCCACAGUGAAACUCCUCUGCAACACUGGCUAAAACACUAUUGCAAAGACACAUAGAAAACAGAAGUUUGGGAUUCCUGUGUUAAAAAGACAGAAUAAAAAACCCUAGUUUAUCAGUUUUCUAAAUACUGUAAAAAUAGAAUUUUAUGGUGUUACAAUGUUCCUUUGCAAACAAACAAGGUACUUACUGAAUUAAAACUUGAGCUACUAUGGACUGUCCUCCCUAACUGUUUAAAAGGGAGUAGGUCACAAAAGACUGUGAUAGCUUAAUUGACAGCUUGUGUGUCAAAGGGUACUUUACAUAAAACUGCAUUAGUGUCACAGUUUUGUGAAACUGAUGUUCUUACUUGGAAAGUCAAGUUAACUGGUGGCCUGUUUUAAAGGCCUUUUUCCUGACAUUGUCUCAUUUUUGUGUUUGUUUAAACACUUUGAAGUGGCAUUUACAUCCAGGUAAAUCUAGCUGUCUGCAUUGUUUCAAACUGAACAGGCUUUCAUGUUAAUGCAGUGCACAACAUUCCUACCAUAAGUGCAGGAUUCCAGAGGUUACUGUCUGAAUUUAGGGGGUUUUACACUGUAUUUUACUAUGCUUAGACAUUGUGGUUUGUUUUUUUUAAGAUCAUCAUAAGCUCAAAUCUCACUUGAACUAACAUUAAUUUAAUGUCUUCUGUGGUUCUGCCAUUGGAAAUAUCACUUAAUGUAACUGUUGUACAAAACUUACCCUUCAUGCCAGUAUAUGUACAUGGCUCUUUAACAAGAAAUCAUGGUAUGAACAAACUCUUUAUUUUUAACAGAGAUAAUUUGAAAAUUGGAAAGACACUACAAUAAAAAGAUAUGUGUUAAUUUAAAUUGGGGAUACAAUAAUGAUUAAAAAAUCAAAAAUCACUAGUCUGGUGUAGUUUAACUAUAAGCCAAAGAAAAUGGUUUUGUUCAUUAGUUUUUGAACAUGUAGUAAACAAAGAAUGCUAUACUUAGUGAAGCUAAUAAUUUUCACAAUUCAGAUUUUGAUGGUCCUUGGUUCUCUGAAGAACUUCUGAAACUGUGUACUUAUGUGAGAGAAAACCCUAAUUUGAAUAAUAAUGUCAAGCAAGUUAGCAGUUUGUUUUACAUCCUUCCCAAGUGUGUUGAAUGGAAUUUUCUGAAUAUUCAUCCUUUGGUUUACCAGUAAGCUGUACUCACUCUAGGUACCUUUUCUUGAGCUGUUUGACUAUUCCCAGUACAGUUGAAAUUGACUUGUUGAGGUUUGUGUAAAUAUGGAGUUGUUCUCAUAAAUCACAGUUUU